AUGUUGCCCUUCAAGAGGGCCAUCCCAGGCAGCCUGAAUGAGGGGAUGGUCAUCUACAUCGAGGGUGUGAUCAACAACGACAUGAAUUGGUUCGAGGUGGACUUUGCCUUGGGACCUGAACCGGAAGCUGAUAUCGCCUUCCACUUCAACCUUCACUUUGAUAGCAGGAAUAAGAUGGUCUUCAACUCAAAGCAGUCAGGCCAGUGGGGCAAAGAGCAGACAAAAAUCAGCUCACCCUUCAAAGAGGGAGAAUACUUCCAGCUGCUGGUGAUGGUCCUACAGGAUUACUACAUGGUGAAAGUGAUAGGAAAUCCUUCCUAUGAGUUUGGGCACCAGAUGCCCUUCCAGAAGGUCACCCACCUGCAUGUACAGGGUGACGUGAGCGUCCAUUCCAUUCACUUCAUUGACUGCAGUUCUACCCCCAUCCAGGACGCUGCUGCAAGAAGCAACCUGCUUACCUGUAACCCGCCACCAGUGCCAUAUGUGGUGAAUCUGAAAGAAGGCCUGACCAUAAAUAGAACCUUCAUCAUCAAGGGCUUUAUCCAGAACUCAGCUUACAGAUUUGCCAUCAACUUCAAUAUGGGAGAAACGGGGGACAUAGCCCUGCACAUCAACCCCCGUAUCAAAGAGGGUGUUCUGUUGUCCAUCCUCAUCCACACCGAUUGCUACGAGGUGCGUAACUAUGGCAAGCUCGUCUUUCACUUCCAACAUCGAGUGGAAAAUUUCACCAAGAUCAACUUACUGGAGAUCACGGGGGAUGUCUUAUUGUCCUACGUCCAGGUCUGA